CCAUAAUUCCCGAAUAAUUGGAAAUUAUAUGAUAUAGCUCUCCUUCAGUCAAAACCAAGUUAAAAUGAUUGUAUUCUUGUGUUACUGAUUUCUGGUCCGUCAAACCUAGCUUUUUAACUUUGAUAGCCUGAAUCUCUCCAACAGAAAAUGAGUUGUUGGGUUGGUUCUUUAUCACUUUCGUUGUAGUUUCUGUUUCUUACUGUUUACAGACUGACAGUGACUGAUGUCUUCUGUACGUUGGGCAUUUUGUACCAAAAAGUGGAUUCCUACAAAAUCGGAGUGGUUACAUGCAUUGGCUUGCAUUCAAGAUGAAGAAAGAGAUCGUGUUAUGAAAUUUGUUUACAAGAAAGAUGCAAAGUCAGCAUUGAUUGGUCGACUGUUGUUGAAAAAAGUUAUCGUUGAGAAUACCAGUAUUCCAUAUUCUGCUAUCAAGCUUGGCAGAACAGAAAGAGGAAAACCUUACUUAUUACAUGCAAAAGAAAGCCUGAACUUCAACAUCUCUCAUCAGGGUGAUUUUGUUGUUCUAGCUGCGGAAUCAUCUAGAAAUGUUGGAGUUGAUGUUAUGAAGACAGAGAUUAAAGGUAAUCAAACAAUACCGGAAUUCUUUCACACAAUGAGACGUCAAUUUACUCCACAUGAGUGGCAAACUAUAAAACAAAAUCCCUCAGAUUUCAAACAGUUGGAAAUGUUUAUGAGGCAUUGGUGUUUAAAAGAAAGUUACGUGAAAGCUCUUGGUGUUGGUAUUGGUUUGUUAAAGAAACUUCAGUUUAUGGAAUUUCACAUCGCACCUCAGUCUACUGAACUGAAUGAUAGGGAAGUGGCAAUGGAUACAAAACUUUUUUUGGAAAGUAAGCCAUGUGAUGAGUGGUGUUUUCAAGAAACAAAAUUAGACGAAGAUCAUCAAGUAGUGGUGGCAUUACAUCAAUCAAAUUCACCUCAAGAGAAUGAAAAUUUGCAAAAUGGAACAUUCAUACUGUUAACGAUCAAAGAUUUACUCCCUCCUUCAAUGUCAUUUCAAACUGUUAACGAAAUAUUUUGGAAAGAGUUUAUAGAGAAAAGUGAAAGCUCUUGAUAAACAUGACAAGCAUUCUACCAU